AUGAACAAUUUAACAGUGGUAGCAGUAUUUAUGGUACCAUUGCUAAUUCUAGGCAUGUUUGGUAAUUUGAAUUUGGUUUAUGCUACUUGGAAAUUUAAAGAAUUACGGAAUCGGAAUAGUAUACUAUUAGCAAUUAUUGCAUUUCUCGACUUUAUAAGCGAAAUACACGAAUGGAAGAAAGCAAUUGAAAUAUUUCUUAAUAAAGCAAUCAUGAAACGAAUCACUUGUUAUCACUCACUCUUCUUAUAUUGCUACUCUUUCAAUAUGUCAUCUGUUGCAAUAUUAUUUCUUGCAAUCGAUCGUUUUAUUGCGGUACGAUCACCUCUAAAAUAUCGAACAGCACGAAGUACACCUUUUAUUGCCUUAGCUAUUGGCACUGGCUUUACUUAUUCAACUCUAUUUGUUAUUGCUGGUUUUCUCUUUGCCAAUGAUAAUCUUGUAGAACCAUGCGAUCAGACAAUGGCUUACUCACCAAUACUAAUGGAAAUUUGGAAUUAUGGCUCUGUUAGCAUAGCUAUGGCUGUUUUUAUCAUUAAUGUUAUCGAUUAUUACUUAUUACGGAAUGUUGGAAAGCAACGUGAAAUACAUGAACGUGACUAUGCCGCUUAUCAGCGUCAAAAUCAAUUUACAACUUCAAUGCUUAUAACAAUGGUUGCUAAUUGUUUGACCUCACUUCUAUCAGCUUUUGCUUUGUUUGUCGUCAAUUUACUACCUGUUUCAACAGAAACCACUGUAAGUUGUUUUUCUAAAUUUGAUAAUUCUAAACUAUUAAGUUAA